AUGCUGCGCACGACUGCACGCAGAGAGUAUGCUGAUGAAGAUGAUGGGUAUUUACCAGUGUUAAUAUCAAUGGCUCGCCAUUUCAUAGACAACCCAGAAUCAGACAUGGGGAAGAAUGAUCCCCUUUAUUUGGAUCACCGCCAUAGUGGCUAUGACAUACAAAUACGUCGCUUUACAUCCAG